AUGACUGAUCCUGCCUGUGUUUCCAGUCUCGACAUAAUUUCCUCCUCGUUCGCCUCGAAACCCCAACCGGCCAGACAUCGAAUGGUCUAUUCUCUCCUGAAAGAGGAAUUGGAACGGCCGGGCGGGAUCCACGCGCUGCAGUUGCGCACCAAGACUCCCGAAGAAGAAGAGAAGUUACAGCGCUAG